CCUCCCAGUCCAAACCACCAUCCCUAAGGCCAAGGCUUCCCAUAAAGCCCAAGCAAUAAAGCUCAAUUCUUGCCUUUGUUGGCCAUCAAAACAAAUCAACUCCGCCAAUCUGGCCUCUAUCUGCCGUUCCUUGGCCUAUAAAUUUAUCAUUCCUUGACUCCCCCCGCGACCACCACGUCUCCAACCCCUUGAAUCUUUGAUCCCUUGCCUUGCACACUUCGGCAAGUCAUUUAAAAACUCCAUGGUCUACGCCUUCCACCAAAGUUGCAACCAUUUCUAUCCAACCUCCAACCUUCCAAGUAGAAAAUAAUGGAGGCCUCAAUCUUUUCCAAAUCCACCACAUAAGAUCUUGAUUUCGAUGAAGAGACCCCAAGUUUCCUGCAGGCUGACUCGGAGAUUGUGCGACAUGAGGUUGGGCAUGAGCAUAUCCGUCUUUGUUAUAGUUUUUGCGCAGAUUUUUGCGAUCGCAGCAUCGAAGCUUGCCAUUGAAGAGCUCUAUCACAACGAACGGAAUGAUCUAAUUCAGCUUCGCGAUUCGCUGAGCUCGACAGUGAACCUCCACUCGAAUUGGACGGGUCCUCCUUGCCACAAUGACCAGAGCCGAUGGCUCGGGAUCGCAUGCUCCGACUCUCAUGUUGUUGGCAUCGAUCUUGAAGGAAUUCAGCUCACAGGCUCGCUUCUGACCACGGCUUUCCAGAACAUGGCAUAUCUCACCACCCUCAGUCUGAGCAACAAUGCUCUUCAUGGCUAUCUUCCCAGCCUCAAAGGUCUUGAUAAUCUCCAAGUCGUAUCAUUCUCAAGAAAUCGCUUUUCUGGAUCAAUUCCAUCAGAUUUUGUGGCACUGCCCAAUCUAUCCCGUUUGGAGCUCCAAGAUAAUCUUCUGAAUGGAUCGAUUCCACCGUUCGAUCAACGGACACUGACUGCAUUCAAUGUCUCCUACAACUUCAUUGAAGGCCAAGUUCCCGGGACUUCGGCGUUGCAGAGGUUUCCAAGUAGCUCAUUCGAUCAUAACUUGGAAUUGUGUGGAACACCGAUGGCCAAAUCAUGCGCAGUCGCUUUGCCCGGCGCCGGCGUUCCUCCUUCCAAGCCUGAAGGAAGUGCGCCACCUCAUUCCACUAGCCAUUUGAGCCAAUCGCGCGCCAAGGGACUGGGGCCAAGAGGUGUUGCUUUGAUUGCAGUAGGUGCAUCCAUGGUUUCUUUCAUGGCAAUCUUCUCUGUCUUGUGCUACUACAAGAGGUAUUAUAAGAAGGCAGAAGGGAAAGGAGAUCAUUCAGGAGCAGCUUCUAUUGAAUUCGUAGAGAAGGCUUCCAAAGGAUCAGAGAGUACCACAGAGCCAGAGAGAGCUGGACAGUUGGAAUUCUUCAACAAAGAAAGGCAGCUCUUCAGCCUCGAUGAUUUACUGAGAUCCUCGGCAGAGGUGCUGGGGAAGGGGAAGUUAGGGACCACAUAUAGAGUGACUCUGGAACCGGGCGUGGUUGUCGUUGUGAAGAGGCCCAAGAACAUAAAUGGGGUGAGCAAGAAGGAGUUUGUCCAGCAGAUGCAAUUGCUUGGCAGCCUGAGGCAUGAGAACCUUGUGGAGAUCAUCUCCUUCUACUAUUCCAAGAAUGAGAAGCUCAUUGUAUAUGAGCAUGUCCCCGGAGAAAGCUUGUUUCAGCUGCUCCAUGAUAACAGAGGAGAGGGAAGGGUGCCUUUGAACUGGGCAGCGCGCCUAAAUAUUGUCAAGGGAAUAGCGAGAGGUUUGGCCUAUCUCCACCAAUGUCUGCCUUCUCUGAAGGUUCCUCACGGUAACUUGAAAUCCUCCAAUGUUCUCAUCCUCCAUAACAAGCACCGUCCAGAGUACCAGCCCAAGCUCACAGAUUUUGGAUUUCAAGCCCUGCUCCUCUCGCCAAACCAGUCUCACAAGUUGGCCAUUGGAAAGUCGCCGGAGUUCACUCAAGGAAGGAAACUGACCAAUAAGACCGAUGUCUAUUGCUUUGGUCUGAUGCUCCUUGAAGCGAUCACUGGGCAAGUCCCUGGUGACGAUGAGGUUGAUCUGCCGGAGUGGGUGAGUUUGGUUAUUAGAAAUGAUUGGUCGACGGAUAUAUUGGAUUUGGAAAUAUCGGCAGAGAGAGAGAGCCAUGGAGAUAUGCUGCGGCUUACGGAGAUUGCUCUCGAAUGUGCAGCCUUGGAGCCAGAGAGACGCCCCAAAAUGAGUGAGGUGGUCAAGAGGAUUGAAGAGAUUAAAGAACCAAACAGCGAAGGAAGAAUUUGAUUUUGAAAACUUUGAAACAGAUUACAUUGGUGUUUUUCUCUUUAGUUCUUACGGGUGUUCUUUUUCACUGCAUGUAUACAAUGUAGAAUUAGACUUAAAACUGUGUUGCAGCCACAAGAUUCCACCUAAUAAAGGAGUGCUUUUCUUC